AUGCGACCGACUUGCCCGCUAAUCGAUUCGCUAGACAACGACCCCCUCCCUCCCAGCUCAACGUGGGCCGAGAUAUCAGAGCUAAAGAGACGAAAAAAGCUGCUGGAGCAGACGUGCGGAGGAGGCGGCGAGGAGACCAGUUCGGCUAGCGCUCCCCCACACGCGCUUGGCGCUAGUGCGGCGGCUGAAUUUCAUGCAUCGACCUCAUUGCGCAGCUUUACCUCGCUCGUCGGCCAGCUCAGCAAUCGUCGCCCAAAGACCUCGUCGAGUAGGCCAACGUAUGCCCGGCUGGUGCAAGAACGAGCUGGUGGUAAAAUGCGAUCACCAAGCCACUCCGCUUCGGAUAACGAUGCCGUGGUCGCCUCUGCGCUCCGCGUCGGAGUCGCGAGCCAAGUCGUGGCCCAUCGUCAGUCACCGCUUGGUGGUGGCGGGCGUGUGGAGUUCAAGGCUGGACUGCGGAGAAUGACCACUUCGGCAUCCGCGGGCUUGUGGCUCUUACCGAGCGGUCUUUCGCACGCGAAGCUCCGAUUCUGGUCAUGUGACCUUGGCGCUCUUCUCGCUCAUGUUACGCCUGGUAAAACGCACAAAUUGGUCGCCAAAUUGCUCGGCGAGAUGGGAGGAGAGCAAAAUGUCCGAAGCACGCCAUCGAUGCAGCGGAUGGUGUGCGGGGGUGGGACCGGCAAGGUGCCAUCGCUCUCGAGUCUGGUGUCAGUCAGCGCGCGCCCGCUCUUUCAACACGGCGCAGCUCUCCACACACACGCGCACGGCCCAGGCUCAGCUCAGCGCAUUUCUUCUAACGCCGUUUGCGACCCUGGCGAGCGCUUUCUGGCGCUGUUGAUUGCCGGAUCGGCUGCAUUGGGUUCGCCACCCCUCGCGGCAGUGAUGCCUGGCCUUCGACUUGGAUCCAUUGCUCCCAACUUUACCGCCGAGACCACCCACGGUGUGCUCAACUUCCACGAGUAUCUGGGUGACAGCUGGGGCAUCCUCUUCUCGCAUCCGGACGACUUUACGCCCGUCUGCACCACCGAGCUCGGUGAGGUUGCACGCAAGGCACCCGAGUUCGAGAAGCGCGGCGUCAAGAUCAUCGGCCUGUCGGCCAACGACAUUGCAUCGCACGACCGAUGGAUCAAGGACAUCAACGAGGUGGGCAACACCUCGGUCAACUUCCCCAUCAUUGGCGACAAGGACCGCAAGGUCUCGACCGAAUACGACAUGCUCGACGCACUCGACCCUACCAACGUCGAUGCCAAGGGAAUCCCCUUCACCGUGCGUGACGUGUUUGUGAUCGACCCCAAGAAGGUCAUCCGCCUCAAGAUCAGCUACCCCGCCAGCACCGGUCGCCACUUUGACGAGAUCCUGCGUGUCAUUGACUCGCUCCAGAUCGGCGACAAGUACCGCGUCACCACACCCGUCAACUGGCAGAAGGGCGACAAGGUCAUCGUCCACCCCUCGGUCCAGGGCGAGGAGGCCGAAAAGCUCUUCCCCGGCUACGAGACCGUCAAGCCCUACCUCCGAUUCACCAAGGACCCCUCGGCCAACGCGGCCUGA